AUGUCAGAUAGACAGAACGAGUCUAUACUCGUCGCUGCUCCGGUCAAGACGAGGCGCCUGGGAACUCUAUAUCUCGAAGGCCGCCUGAGGGAUGGGACACUGAGUCAAUCGUCGCUGGACUGCGGCCUAUACGCAAGAGUGCUUGAAGCGCAACUGCUGUCCGCUGUGAAUACGUUUGACAUGCUGGAAGAUAUUCUUGCGGAUGAAAGAAGUAGGUUCCUGUUGGACCAACCCAAGCUGAAACUCGACAUUCUAAUGCGCCCAUCUGUAGACGGCAAUUUGAAGCUCGGAUCUGAGUACCCUCGCGCAAAGCAAAUCUUAGACUCUUUGAAGGUGGUUGAGCGCAUUGGACCAGCGACGGAAGAGACCUGUUUCUCAUCACUCGAGGUGAAGCUGAGGGUCCAGGUCUUUGAACUCUGGACGGCUUCGUCCCCUCUCGAAGAGUCAGAUGAGGGGGACGAGCAACUGGGCGAAUUGAUAUCCAUGCCGCAUACUCGAUUUGAGGCUGUUUGGGACGAGCUUGUAUUCGACCACGACAUCAAGGCAGACCUCAUCUGGAUGAUGACAAACAUCCUGCGAUUCUCACAGGCUCUUAAAGCUUCCAACUUCCGCCGCAAGCUGAAUCCUCUCAUUCUCCUCUACGGACCACCCGGAACUGGGAAGACAAGCCUCUGCCAAGGCCUCGCGCAGAAAAUAUCCAUUCGGCUGAGCGAGCAAUACGAAUCAACGACCCUUAUCCAAAUCAAGACGGCAACCCUACUUUCCAAGUACUUCAGCGAGAGUGCCCGGCACGUUGAUGAGAUAUUUACCAAGAUAUCUCACAUGUGUCAGGAGGGCCCCGAGAACUUUAUAUGCGUGCUCAUCGACGAAGUCGAGAGUAUAGCGAGUUCGCGCGAGUUCAGCACGAAGGAGGGUGAAAGCCAUGAUUCGCUCAGGGCGACGAAUGCGCUGCUUACGGGCCUCGACCGGUCCAUGAGCUUUCCGAACGUUGUCUUCCUGUUUACUUCCAACAUGUGCGACGUCCUGGAGCCGGCCUUUCUCGACAGGUGCGGCUUGAAAGAGUAUGUUGGGCCGCCGAGCGUUGCCGCACAAUACGAGAUUUUGAGGAGUAUCCUGCAAAAUCUCAUCAGCUCCAAUGUUGUGAAGUCGACCGAGGAGAUACCUUCGUACGACGAUGCCGAGUAUCAAGCAGUUGCCAAUCUUGGGAACUCGGGCCCGAAGCUUCUUGACCUCGUCAAGCUGAUCCGGAGUACCAACGAGAGCCUAGAUACCGAGAUCAGUGGUCGCAGCCUUGCCCAGCUCCCCGAAAAGGCACUUAUGAGAUACUUGCGAGACGAAGAUUGCGAUGUGGAUACCCUCAUGGGAUUCAUGGAGAGAUCCGUACUCGAGGGCGUGAAGAAGACGGGUAUCAGCAAAGACGAAAAGCAGGACAAGGGGGGGAAGCGAACCUGGGCGACGUUUCUGGAGGAGGAAUGUGAUUUCUCGAGGUUCGUGGACUUGGUGGAGUCGUAUAGGGCGGGUGUUGAGCGCCAGGCAAGGUUGAAGGGCCCGGUGCAGAGUGAGAGCGAAGCAUACUCUGGCAACCAGAUACAGGCUACGGGCCAGGCACCGGCUGAGAGAGCCCCAGAAUAA